UUAAAGAACAUAAUACACUCAUCAAAGAAAUCAACAAAGGUAGAUCAAAUGAAGAGAUAGAAGUUGGAGAAAAUUCACCCACUCUGGUUUCAGACAUAACAGUUGCACCAAUUGAUGAGAUUGAAACUUCUUUACUAAAAUAUAAGGGACACAAAAAAAUAAAUGAGGAACUUGAAAUUCUUCAAGAAGUGUUAAUCAUCCUAUAG